AUGAAAACUGUCUGUGUAAUGGAACUUAACCAUGAGGUGGCGAGGAAGCCCGCCCUGUUGUUUCGUAGCAACUCGUCUCCACCACAACAACAGCUUUUAUUGGCAAAUUUGAAACCGCAGAUCUGGCACCACGAAGUCUCUUUGUUGCAGUUCUCUCAAGCUCACGUCGAUAUCGCUCUCAGGACUUUCAGCAGCAAACAUAACGUCAGAGCUUCCGGUCACAUACGUCUCAGCGCCUUACCCUCAGUCAACUCCUACACGCGCGCGUCAAAUGAAGCUACUACAACGGAGACGGUCAACAAGACGGCCUUGAGAGAACGUGUACAAGAGCUCGAGGGUGCUUCGGAGACCAAGAAGAAGGAGCUAGACGCAGCAAAGCAGGUGCACGAUAAAGAUCACCAGACGCAGGUCAACUUUAAACCCACAGGAAAGCAUCGCAUGCCACAGAACUCAACUCCGAACCCGCGAAGACCGCCAUAG